AUGGCAGCCUCAGACCGACUUUCGCAGCAUCACUGCAAGACGCUCUUGGUCCUUUUGAUAGCAGCUUGUUUACUAUCCGUGGUGAGAACGGCGCACCAAGAGCAGGCACCCUUCUAUGAACCAUACCCUUCCAAAGCAGCGACAAACUUUACGCCGCAAGAAGCAUACGAAGAGGCUCUUCACCUGCUUCGUACCACGAUCAAGACCAAGUCUCCUCGCACCAAAGGCAGCAAAUUCAAACCCAGCACCUCCGAAACGCCCUCUUCGCAGCAAAAGGAUGGCACGACUCCAUUGAAAGCAUCGAAAGGUGCGAAUCUCUUCCACGCUGUUCGCGCAUUGCGUCGCGGGUUGCACAACGCUUUCGAUGCCGCUCACGAAGCCGCUUCGUCAGAUGCAGCAAUCGGCGCCAAGGUCAGAAGCGUGGGCUUGUCAAGCAGCGCUAGCGCUCAUCAAUGGCAGGGUCCACCGAUUGGCGCUUCUCGUUACGAAUCGCAGUGGCCCAGUGCCGCCCCCUUACCGUUGUGGCCAGACUGGGAGAGCUUGCCAGACGGAGCGACUCCGGUCAAUCCUACGGAUAGCAUAUGGGAGAGUGUCAUGUUUGGGCCAUUCAAUACCGAGAGCCAGGCGUCACUCGACAUCACCUUGUCAUCUGCCGAAGAGAAUAGCCCAGACGAGGACACAAGUGUCAGAGACCAGGCAAUCUCGCUGCUCACCAGGGCAGGCUGGGGCCGCGAAUCAGUCAACUGGAAUUACGAAGCGUACUCCUCGGCAGCCCGCAACGGCUCGAGUCUUCUUCGAGACAGCUUUGAUGGAACGUUCACUACGAGCACUUCUGGAACUGACCGCUCAUCGGCACUGUCAGAUGCCUUGUGGGUGCUAGGAGAACACUCGUUGUGGGGCACACAUGGAAGUCGACCCAAUCUCGCGCGCGCUCGUGCAUGUUAUCAACGCCUCGCUGAUCUCGGCCACGAUCAGUUCGGAAAGUCGAUGGCCGGUAAUGCCAGUGCACAUGCUCGGCUAGCCUUUCUCGAAGGCAGCGGCUGGGAGUCAACCAUCCGAGGAGACUGGAAACCCCUUUCAAAUGAGAUCAGCACUUGGCCCUCUUUCACCGCUUCGCCAACAUUUGACCAUGUGCGCUCGGCAUGGGGAAACAGACGCCAGCUCUUUGCACAGCUCAAGAGCGACGAUGGACAACGGCAAGCCAAAGCGAUUCUACACUAUACCAUCGCUGCCAAUGCUGGUCAUGCUCCAUCGCAGAUGGCGCUCGGAUUUCGUUACAAAGCAGGGAUUGGCGUAGCGCCUUCCUGCUGGAACGCCCUCGAGCUCUAUGAAAAGGCUGCCGAAGACGCGUACAGACGUUUUCAGGCAGGUCCGCCAGGUGGACUUACACUGCCGUAUACAAAGAUCCGUAUUUCGGAUCUGGACGGUGGGGCUUACGGACCUGGCGCAUCCGUAGCUUCGACCGGUUAUGCAGUCUUUAAACCUGCAGUACAGGCCGCGCUCAAUCGCCAGCCUGGAUCUGCCCGCGAUCCCUCCGCGCUUGAAGACCUGCUAGAGUAUCACAUUUAUCUGGCCGAGCACGGCGAUGUGAGGAGCUCGCUUUUCAUGGCCCAAGUCUACUACCACGGCAGCAUCUAUUCGUCGGGCGAGGCUGCAGGUGCGGUGCGUCGCGACUACCGUCGUUCCUUGACAUGGCUUAUGCGAGUUGCCAAGGAGGUGUGGCCUCGCAAAGCAGGCUCAGUGGGUCGCGGCGGGCCGACUGGCUACACAGCCAAACAGGGAGACCAGGGCGAAGAUGUGCAACUCAAGGUGGAAGACAGCUUGCUAGCACACGCCGGCUCUGCGGCUGGCAUGAUCGGACGAAUGUACUUGAGAGGCGAAGGCGUUCAGCAAGACUUUGUUCGAGCCUGGGUUUGGUUCUCCCGCGGCAAGGAUACCGGCGAUGCCGAGUCGUACAACGGCCUCGGUAUGAUGCUGCGUGACGGCCUUGGAGUAACUGUCGACAUUGGUUCCGCCACGAGCUACUUUGAGGCCGCAGCCAAGGUGCGACAUAGUGGUGCCAACAUCAAUCUGGCCAAGAUUCACAUGGAGAUGGGCGACCUUGACAGUGCAGGCAAAUGCCUGACCAUUGCCUCGUUGGGUGAUGGUCGCUUCGAGGCAGUUUACUUGUUGGCCAAGGUCAACGCUCAAUUAGCACGCAAGGAGCAAUCAGGCGACAUUUGCCGCAAAGCGCUUUCCGGAUUCAAGCAUACGGCAGAGCAUGGUGAUUGGUCCACGCGCAUCUCGCACAAAGCUGAACAUGCUUGGCGGCGCGGCCAACGACAAAAGGCACUGCUCGGAUGGGCGCUGGCGGGCGAGCUGGGCUACGAAUCGGCUCAGAACAACGUCGCCUACCUGCUUGAUCGAGCCAAUUCUCGAAUUCGCAUACUGGAUGUGUCGAACGAUGGCCAACAGCAGGCCAACUUCACCGACCGCCUCGCGCUGGUGCACUGGACACGAUCGGCGGCGCAAAGCAAUGUGGAUGCGAUGGUCAAGAUGGGCGACUAUUACUUCCACGGUAUUGGUACAGGCAACCCAGGCCAGCCAGCAUAUGAAAAGGCGGCAGCUUGUUAUUCGGCCGCUGCCGACAAGGGCGUCUCGGCUCUGGCGUACUGGAACCUGGGCUGGAUGUAUGAGAACGGUAUCGGCGUCGCCAGACAAGACUUUCACCUUGCUAAACGUUACUACGACACGGCGGUGGAGACCAAUGUCGAAGCGUAUCUGCCUGUAACGUUGAGCUUAAUCAAACUGCACAUUCGUGCCGCAUGGGCUGCUAUCUUUCGAUCCGAGUCCAGCCAAAGCGCCAUCUCACUACUCUCGUCGUACGCAACUUCCGAUACAGGCAAUGUCGCCUAUACGGAAGCGGAAGAGCAAGCAGCCGCGAAGCGCAAACAGGCUGAGGAGAAGCAGCAGAGAAUAGCGGAAGACCAGGGUGGCGGCUACGGCGAUCCAAAUGAGCCAGAGACGUGGGCAGCGAGGCAGGACGAGACCGACGAGGAUCUGGACGACAUGAUCGAGUCGGGUCUGCUGAUCUUGGCCCUCGGUGGACUGGCAUAUUUGGCGUAUGUCAGACAGAACGUGCAGCUACAACUCAGAAGAGAGAGACGACAACAGGGCCAGACACCUCAGCAACAGCAGGAAGACGAUCAGCCGCAACGACAAGCGGCUGCACAUCAGCCGAAUCCGUGGGCUCCGUUGGGAAAUGAACCGAAUGCUGCUGCUAACUUCCUUGCUGGGCUAUAG